AUGACCAAGAAGAGAAGAAAUGGCGGCCGUAACAAGAGUGGCCGUGGCCAUGUAACGUUCGUGCGUUGCUCGAACUGCUCGCGCUGCGUCGCGAAGGACAAGGCGAUCAAGCGCUUCACCGUCCGCAACAUGGUGGAGAGCGCCGCCAUCCGUGAUAUCAGCGAUGCUUCCGUGUACCCUGAAUACGCGAUCCCCAAGCUGUACAUCAAAAUUGCUUACUGCGUUUCCUGCGCCAUCCACUCCCAUGUCGUCCGUGUCCGCUCUCGCGAGGGCCGCCGCAACCGUGCUCCUCCCCCGCGUGUCCGCUGGAAGGACGGCAAGAAGGUCAACCCCGCGGUCGCCGCAGCUGAGGACGCGAAGGCCGCCGCUGCCAGAACCUGAUUUAUUUGUCUAUGACAGCACACUGUAUCAUGACAUGUACACCUGCAUUGCAAUGCACACGCUCGACCGCGAGGAUCCUCUGAAAAGUAAGCGCGCCUCGCGAUGAACGAUCGCCCGACCUCUUCACCCGACACUACCUUAUCUUCGCUCGUGUGCAUCCCACGCACGAGUGGCCAUUACGGUGUCGAAGAUCGAAUGGCUUCACUUUCGCUAGCAACUCUAUGCUUCUGGGCAAUGAUGAUAGUCUAGAUAGUGGUGAAUGCUACAACUAAUCGUCUUGCAAUACAUCUCAUGCUUCUGACUCCACCCCUACACGUACGAAGGAGUCCCUGCCUUCGAAGAACGGGCCCCCAAAGCAUGGACUGGUACUCAAGUGACCCAGUGUUAUCGUGGUCGUUGAUUGCGA